AUGUUGAAAGUAUUGAUCAAUGAAGAUAACCUUGGAGUGUCAAGAGGUGCCAAUUAUAGCGACUUAGUACACAAUAGGGUCAAGGAGAGUGACUGUUGUGACUUGGCUAGCGUGGUCACUGUUCAUCCGACUGUGUGUGUAGUGUGGACAAUGCCCAGACCUGAUUACCAAGUAGAGUGCCAUUGCGGACAAAGCAUUGACGAUCGGAAGAAUGUAGAGGCCGGCUGUUUCUAUCCCCGUCGGCAAAUCCCGAGUGGCAAUCACAUGCCAUGUCCGUGCACGGACUGUGACGCUAUGGACCCGUUGUUCAUGUCCCAUGCUCCCACGGAACAAGACCCUGUGAACUUGGCAAGUGGGGGAAUUAACUCAUCUGCUUGCCGCUAUGAGGCAGUCUUCAAGAAGAUCAACUAA